AUGGCGGACCCUAGAUGCGAACAUACCUUCCUUGCCGUCAAACCAGAUGGCGUUCAAGGCGGACUCGUGGUGGAAUCAUCAGUCGUUUUGACAAGCAAUCUUCUGCACAACCACUAUACUGAGCUGUCCAGCAAGAUAUUCUUCCCCGGUCUCAUGGAAUACAUGAGCGCAGGCCCUGUUUUUGCGAUGGUUUGGGAAGGCACAAAUGUCCCGAGCAUGGGCAAAAAGAUGCUUGGUGCCACAAAACCACGGGAGUCUCCUACUGGGACCAUCCAAGGAGACUUUGCUGUUGACGUUGGCCUAAACAUUUGCCAUGGAAAAAAGAUUGCCCUGUGGGUCAACCCCGAUUAG